AUGACUAAUAACAACAAAAAGAUAACCUAUAAAAUAUGUAUACACUUUUAAGCAAUGAUGUUACAUAAACUAUUUAAAAACGUACGCUCGAUUGCGUCGUAUGGAAGCGCAACCACUGUUACACAAAACCAUACGCGUUGUCUGUAUUUAACUGCCAGAUUGCAACAUGGUGAAUACGAAUGGCAAGAUCCAAAGUCAGAGGAUGAAGUUGUUAAUAUUGUGUAUAUAACAAAAGAUGGUAAGAAAGUACCAGUUAAAGGCAAAGUAGGCGACAAUGCUAUGUAUUUGGCACAUCGUUAUGAAAUACCCAUGGAAGGGGCAUGCGAAGCUUCUUUAGCUUGUACAACCUGUCAUGUGUAUGUACAUCACGAUUAUCUAUCUAGAUUACCAGAUGCCUUAGAAAAAGAAGAAGAUUUAUUAGAUAUGGCCCCAUUUUUAAAGGAGAACUCUAGGUUGGGUUGCCAAAUUAUCUUAACUAAAGAAUUAGAAGGAAUGGAGUUGCAGUUACCACAAGCAACCAGAAAUUUCUAUGUUGAUGGACAUGUUCCCAAGCCACAUUGAAUGUGACCUAGUAUAAGUAAUAUACUGUUACCUUUUUUUGUAUACAGGGAUUUCUGUACAUUUUAUUUAAGGCUAUUGGCUUGCCACAUAAGUUUUAAAAUGUAUAUGAUUAAAGUAAAAGCUAAUGUGAUCUUUGAA